GUGAGGUUAAGGAACUUAAAUGUUGUUGUUGGUUUUUUUUCCAUUUUAAUUUUUGAAAUAAUCUGGAAUACUCUGAUCUCCAACUGUGAUUUGGCUUCUGGUAGGCAUCUUGAUUACUGAAUAAUUAAAAAAAAACUCGACUCGAGUUUGAAAUGAGUGAUAUUGAGCAUAUUUUGUGUUGUACUGUAAACAUAGAAUGGUUGAAUAAGCAAGGUAUUAUCCAAAGAAAAGUCACCCAAAAGAAUGCCAAUUUACGUUUGAUUAGGGAUGAUAGGAGAGAUAUAUUUGUCGAGAUUUCUGCAGUUAAGACAGCUGCAAUCAAACUGGCCCUCAAAGGUAUAUCAGUGCAUAAAAAUUUCAUGAAGGAAGGUAAAGCCUCCAUAAAAUUUCAACCCCUCAACUGCACGAUGUACUUGUCGAAUGCUCCUCCUGGGCAACUUUUGGUAUUUUUGAGGACAAUAUUCGUGAAAAUGACUGGUGAUCAGAAUUCCAAAGCUCAAAAUACCUCUCUCAGGACACAACUUUUGUCUGGCAAACCUCAACAAUUUGAGGAAAUAUCACCAGUAACUACUUUAGAAAUGAAUAAGGCUAUAUCAAAAGUAAGCAGAUCCACUGAUACAACACCUAGUCCUAUAGCUAACAAAAAGAGAAAAAUAGAUAAGAGUGAUACCAUGAAACCACCUGCUGCCAAAAAGCUAUAUUCAUCAUCUCCCAUUCCCAAUGAACAAUUAGAUAUAGAACAGAAAGACGUUUUGGAUGCUUGUUUGGCAGGCCAAAAUGUGUUUUUUACAGGGAGUGCUGGAACAGGAAAAAGUUAUCUUCUAAGGAGAAUUAUUGGAGUUCUUCCCCCAGAUGUCACUACAGCUACAGCUUCUACAGGAGUGGCCGCCUGUCACAUCGGCGGAGUGACUCUGCACCAAUUCGCCGCCAUCGGAGACGGAGAGGCCACCUUGGAGAGAAGCGUCCAGCUGGCGUCGAAGCCCACCUCGAUCGGCAUAUGGCGCAAGUGCAAGCACCUCAUCAUCGACGAGAUAUCCAUGGUCGACGGCAACUAUUUCGAGAAGAUCGAACAGGUGGCUAGACGAGUGCGAAACAGCGACAAGCCCUUCGGCGGUAUCCAGCUGAUCCUCUGCGGAGAUUUCUUCCAGCUGCCGCCCAUCGUGAAGCCCAAGCCGGGCGAGAAGAAGACGCCCGCUCCGAGGUUCUGCUUCCAGACGCGCGCUUGGGACCAGUGCCGGUUCAGCACCUUCGAGCUGAAGCGGGUGCACAGACAGAGCGAUGAUAGUUUCAUCGCUAUACUCAACAAAAUCAGGAUAGGACUAGCGGACGAUGUAGUUACGAAAACCUUGGAAAUGACGGCCAAACAAAAGAUCGAACGUGACGGCAUCCUGGCCACGAGGCUUUGUUCUCACACCAAAGACGCCGACAUCAUAAACGAGUCGAAGCUGAGGGCCCUGCCGGGGGAGAGCAGGAUUUUCGAGUGUCAGGACUUGGUGCCGGGUUCCAGUAGACAGCUGGACUACCAGACGCCGGUGCCUAAUCGACUGGAACUUCGCAUAGGAGCUCAAGUCAUGUUACUAAAAAAUAUCAAAGUGUCUGCGGGGUUGGUCAACGGCGCCAGAGGGGUCGUCAAAGCGUUCGAAGAAGGCCUGCCUGUCGUCAAGUUCCGCUCGAAAGAAUACGUCGCCAAACACGAACGCUGGAUCGUCAAGACUGCAGGUGGCGCUUCGCUGACUCGUAAACAGGUGCCGCUGAAGCUCGCGUGGGCCUUCUCCAUCCACAAGUCGCAGGGGCUGACGUUGGACUGCGUGGAGAUGUCGCUGGGCAGGGUGUUCGAGGCAGGGCAGGCGUACGUCGCCCUCAGCAGGGCGCAGAGCCUCCAGUCACUGCGCGUGCUCGACUUCAAGGCCAGCCAGGUGUGGGCGAACGGAGAUGUGUUGAACUUCUACAAGACCUUGGAUAACAUGAGGAUGAUACCUCUGGGACCGGCCAAUAAGAUGGGGAGGGGGAAGAAUCAGUUGAAGAAGAAACUGGCGGGGUUGAAGUCUAAACUGAUGGCGAAACCUUUGGUAUCUAUUUGUUGAUACAGGAUUUUUUCCGCUACUAUUUUUUUUAUAUUCAAUAACGACACUACUGUGUUGUUACAGGUCUCAUCUACUGAUUUUUUUAUUUGCUUCGAUAUUACAAGCUAAUAACAAAAGACGUGAAUGGCUAUAACAUGAUCUCGAAUAUCAGCGACCAUUAAUCGCCCUCAUUAAUACAUACUAGUUGGAUGAAUAACUUUUUCACUUCUUCUAUAGGGUAUUUCAAAAAAACCUAACCCCCUUGCUAGGGUAGGUAGAACAUUGCAAAAUAAGUUGGGUUUGCUCAGUAAAAAAAUGUCGUAACGCCAUCCGUUUUCAAGAUACAAGGUGUUGAAAAAAUAUUUUUUCACACAUUUUUUA